AUGGCUGUUUUGCCGCCACGCCGGGACCGGAAUGAGCUUUUGCUGCUCCCCCAGCCAUCACAGGAUCCAAGGGAUCCCUUGAACUGGAAGCCAUGGCUGAAAUUCAUGGUACUUGCUGAGAUUUCUCUGCUGUCUUUUUUGUCCUUGCUAAGUGCUGCUUUGAUCACUCCGAACUUUGAGCUGCUGUCGAGGUAUUUAGACCGCCCGAUGGGCCAGACGGUGUAUGUUACUAGCAUGUUUUUGUUGUCUGCCGGCCUCUCGUCUAUAUUUUGGAACCCCAUUUCCAACGUCUAUGGCCGGCGGCCGGUAUACAUCAUUACCGUUCUGAUCGGAUUGCUCAUGUCCGUAGCCUCGGGAAAGGCUACAUCAUACGGGCCUCUACUUGCUUUCCGCUGCUUGAACGGCUUCUUCGGCGGGGUUCCGGCUGGGCUGGGCAAUGCUGUUGUGGCCGAUCUUUUCUUCACGCAUGAGAGAGGCCUGUACAUGGGCAUAUACACCGUCAUGUACAUCACGGGCGGCCACAUUGCCCCUAUUAUUGGCGGAUACAUUGAGGAUGCUAUAUCCUGGAGAUGGUGCUUCUAUAUUCCCGCCAUCAUCACCGCGGUUGUUUGGCUCGUCUAUGUCCUAACUGUACCGGAAACCCUAUACCCACGAUCGAUGUCUCAGGCCCAGCCACAACUACUGCGAACUUGGACACAAAAUAUGACCUUGCAAGGCCGUGCCAACCCAGCUGGCCAACUGCGUUUAAUCGAUUUCUUUCGCCCCUUCCAGAUGCUCAAGUAUCCGAGCGUGCUUCUACCGAGUCUCUACUAUGCCGUGGCGUUUGCCCAUGGCAGCAUUCUUUUCAUAAUUUCGAGCGCCCAACUGUUUGCCGCCAACUACGGCUAUGAGGCGAGACGGACGGGUCUACUUUUGGGAAUUCCUAUCACUGUUGGCAGUGUCCUUGGAGAGCUGAUGUCCGGUGGGUUUUCCGACUGGAUUAGUGAACGCCGGUCCCUUGCCCGAGGCAAACGCAUACCAGAGGAUCGGCUUCUGGUGAUUGUUCCAUCUUUCAUUUUAAUCCCGUUGGGAAUUAUCAUCGAGGGGGUAUGCUUGCAAAAUCGCACUCAUUUCAUGGGGGUUGCGAUGGGGAUCGCCACGGCCAGUUUUGGACUUCAAGUUGCAACAACAGUUGUAUACACCUAUACAUCAGAGUGCUACAAACCUCAAUCCCCCGAAAUCGGAUCCAUUAUCAACUUCAUCAGACAGAUGGUUAGCUUCGGCAUGAGUUUCUACGCGCUCCCGUUUGUAGCGGCGAUUGGGGUGCAGAAUGCAUGGAUUGUGAUGGCUUUUAUUGUUGUUGUUUUCUUUUUACCCUUGAUUCCGCUGUACUUGUGGGGAGGGAAAUGGAGGGAGAGGUUGAGGUAUCCUGCUUUUAAUUAUGAUCUUUGA